AGCUGCAGUAUAAGGAGUCGUGGCAGGAGGAGGGCUCCGGAAGGCAGGGGAGUCUGGGACAGGAGAGAGAAGGCUGCAGACCUACAGGGAGGGAGAAGAAGAGUCAGAAGGAAGAAGAGGACGGAGGAGGGCGCGCCGAGGAAGAGACAGGGCAAGAAGAAGUAAAGUGGGCCAGGAAGAAGACACUUAGAAGAGAGAGGAGCGAGGCAGAGAUGACAUUACAGGGGUCGCUGGCCUGUCUCCUACUGGCCCUGUGCCUGGGCAGUGGGGAUGCUGGCCCAUUGCUGAGUGGAAAGGAGGAUGCUGGAGCAGGUGUUGGGGAGGCCUUCGGACACUGGGGAACCAAUGGCCAGCCCCCACCUGGAGGCUACAGCCAGGGCUAUCCUGGUGGGCCUGUGACUCCCUGGGGCCAGGGACCCUUUGGAGGCGCGGAUGGCAGCUCUGGAACCAACUCUCAGGGAGGCUCCUGGGGCCUCGGAGGCAACAGAGAGCCAUCCACCUCUGAGGCCAGUGCUCAGGAAACUGAGGCUCAACCUGGUCCUGGCUCAGUGAGAAGCAGCAACCCACAUACAGAGUGCACCAACCCCCCACCAUCUGGCUCCGGCGGAAGCUCUGGCCACUUAGGGGGAAGCAGCAGCAGCAGUGGCAGCAGUGGCAGCAGUGGUGGCAGCAGUGGCAGCGAUGGCAGCAGUGGUAGCAGCAGCGGCAGCAGUGGAGGCAGCGGCAGCAGUGGCAGCAGUGGUGGCAGCAGUGGUGGCAGCAGUGGCAGCAGUGGUGGCAGCAGUGGCAGUGGUGGCAGCAGUGGUAGCAGCAGCGGCAGCAGUGGAGGCAGCGGCAGCAGUGGCAGCAGUGGUGGCAGCAGUGGUGGCAGCAGUGGCAGCAGUGGUGGCGGCAGUGGCAGCAGUGGUGGCAGCAGUGGCGGCAGCGGCAGCAGUGGUGGCAGUGGCAGUGGUGGCAGUGGCAGCAGUGGCAGCAGUGGUAGCAGUGGCAGCAGUGGUAGCAGUGGUGGCAGUGGUGGCAGUGGCAGCAGUGGCAGCAGUGGCAGUGGCAGCAGCAGUGGUGGCAGCAGUGGCAGCAGCAGCGACGGCAGUUCUGGGACCAGCUGGGAAUACAACACCGGCUCUUCCCCGGGGAGCAGCGGCGGAAUCAGAGGUGGAAAUAAGCCUGGGUGUGACAACCCAGGGAACGAAGUGCACGUGUCCGGGGGAUCCGGGGGUCAGCGGCAGCCCAGCGGAGGAGGUGAAGCUGUCAGCGGAGUCGACACGCUGAACUCUCAGACGUCUCCUGGGCUCUUCAACUUUGACACUUUCUGGAAGAAUUUUAAGUCCAAACUGGGUUUCAUUAACUGGGACGCCAUCAACAAGGGCCAAGCCCCAGCCCCCAACACUCGAGCCCUCCUCUACUUCAGGCGACUCUGGGAGGAUUUCAAACGUAACACUCCUUUCUUGAACUGGAAAGAAAUUACUGAGGGUGCUGACGUGACCUCGCUCCAGAAGAGGGCCGGCGGCGCAGGUCAGCCCGGCUCAGGAUGGCAAGACGCGGCAGCCGUAACUUCUAAGAACAAUUAUAACCAGCAGGCAUAUCCUACAGUCCCUGGUGGGCAGUCUGCCGCCAAGAUCCCCCCUAAGGGGGGAGCCACGAUUUCUUCCUCGGCUUCCCGGGCGCAACCUGGCAUGCUGCAGUGGGUGAAGUUUUGGUGAAAAUUAUCUCCAGUCAUGGCUGAGGCCCUGAGAAACAGCAGUCGGCUCUGCCCCUCGCCCAGCUCUCUCCCUGUGCCCCGCCUGGUCUGGGUGCUGACACCUGCUUUCUCUAGGUUGGGGACCUGGCCCGUCUGUCCCUUGUUUCUUCCUACCCCACUGUGUCUCCUUGACCACCAGCCUCGUCGGACAAACCGGCCACUUUCUUCACCCACUCUGUUUGUGACCUGGAGUCACUGUGACUUUCUUCAGGAGCUUCCUAUUUUGGAGUGUCUCUGUGGAAAUAAAAAUGAACCCUGUUUCCCCAAGA